GGGAGCAGACGGCACCGCCCCAUGCGCAUACGCGGCCGCCAUUACCGAGCAGCGGCACCGCCUCAGCCCAAUGGCGGAGCAGCCGCUGACAGCCCCGCCCCAGCCCGGCCCCGGGAGGGGUCUGUGUUCGCGGAGGGAUCUGGCGCCAGAAAAAUGGAUGAUGAUGAUGAUGAUGUUCCCCAGCUUUCAUCCCAUGCAUUGGCAGCCCUCCAGGAGUUCUAUUUGGAACAGCAACAGAGAGAGGGCACGAAGACCUCCCAAGAGUUUAAUCAAUACUCCAUUGGCUCAAUAGAAGAAGACUGGCAAUUGAGCCAGUUUUGGUACAGUGAUGAAACUGCAUUGUGCCUUGCUAAUGAAGCAGUUGUGGCAGCUGGAAAGGGUGGCAGGAUAGCCUGUGUUAGUGCUCCAAGUGUGUACCAGAAACUGAAAGAACAAGAUGGUAAAGAUUUUUCAGUGUGUAUACUGGAGUAUGACAGAAGAUUUUCUGUAUAUGGAGAAGAAUUUAUCUUCUAUGAUUACAACCACCCUUUGAACUUACCUGAAAAUCUCCUGCCACACAGUUUUGACAUUGUAAUAGCAGAUCCACCCUAUCUGUCAGAGGAAUGUCUUCAAAAAACUGCAGAGACCAUCAAAUACUUAACAAAAGGAAAGAUUCUGCUUUGCACAGGUGCAAUCAUGGAGGAACAGGCAGCAAAGCAUCUUGGUGUAAAGAUGUGCAAGUUUAUUCCAAAACACUCUCGAAAUUUAGCCAAUGAAUUUCGAUGUUAUGUGAACUAUGCUUCUGGACUGGACUGAUUCUGAAAGAGGAUCUACAGUUUCUUCAGUCAUCCUUUCUGUUUUUACCAGUGACUCCACAUUUCUAGGUGCUGAAAUACACACCUUCAAGCACUGUUUUCUGGACUAGCCUUAAUCAGCAUGGUAGGACAGCAUCUCUCUUUUAAAUGUGGAAGCAUUUGCAGUUACUGUGUUUUGUAUCAUACUUAUUAGGUGAAUGGGGACCCAACAAUGCAGCUGCUAGAUAAUGGGAACUUUUAUGUUAGAGUUUAAUUCUAACUGGUAGGUUUUUACUAUUCAUGGACUCUUCAGGGAUCUCUCUGAAGUGAUAAUGUGGGCUUAAAACACAUAGGUGCUUGCCUCACAGACAUCAGAAUCUUCAUUGCAUCAGAACGGAUGACUUGGUAGCUAGUGGAUGGUUGAAAAAUCAUGCAGAGUGGCCUCCUUUCAAUCUUGAGACAUGCUCCCUUAGUAACAGGACUGAGAGAUGUUUAUUCUAAAUGUACCAUGUGUUUUCAUAUUCAUUAACUAGCAGGCUGAUGUUUUUAUAAAGGAUAGCCAGAAGAGAAAAUUGGUUUCCUUCUGGAGAGUCCUCUCCAGUUGCAUUUAAUAAUAAUCAACCUGCCAGCUCUCAAGUCAGAUAAGACCUACUAUCCACUAUUGUUGUUGAACUGGCUUUUUAAAAACUUGUGGUUUUUGUUUCACCCUUUCUCUAAAGCCUUGUCACUAACUCAGACUUUCCUUCUGUAAAAGAUCAGAUCUAUUUUGUCCUCGCUUACCACCAGCACAUAAGCUUGUGUAUGUAUGCUGUACUAGAGAAAAAAUAAUGUAGGUUGUUAAAUGACUCUUUGCAGAAGUACAGUGUCUUUAUUUUGCAAUGUUUAUGUAUUAGAUCAACAAAAAGUUGUAAGCUUUUAAAAAAACACACUAGUUAAGCUGAUCUCCAAAAGUGGUGUAAACCUGAUGUCUCCUGGAAAAAAAGCACAACAGGGAUUUCCCCAUAUAUAUUAGGUAGGCCAAAUUACCUGAAAUAUGAAGUAAUUAGUUAAUAAAAAUACAACACAUCAGCCACUCCGUGCAUUACUGCUUCAGACUGUGUCCAUGGGUUCUCACGUGGAGUUACUUUUACUGUGGGUUAUGAGAUACUUCUCUAGGAAUGUGACCCAUACAUGUUAGUCUGUUAAAUCUUGAACUGUAAUGGAUCUGAUUAAAUACAGUGUCUGCUUUUUAACAGAUUUCAAUAUCAAGCUAAAGAUGAUUUACAGCAAUGUCAAGUUUGUAGUUACAAGAACAGUUAUUUAUUUUUUCAGUUGCCCCGUUUAUCUUUACCUCCUGUUCCACAGACAGCAGCAGAGCAGUAGGAUAGAAGCAUCGUAUAAAUCAUUGAAUCUUACAAGGCCACUAAUGUAUAAUAAGUGUAUUGAUAGACUCUUACUGUUUCUAAUACAAAAAUGUUAAAUUUUAUAUGCAAGGUUUGGGCUGUAUUUCAAUAAAUUGCCAUCAAAACAGAUGAUACAUUAGAAAAACCUAAGGUUUGGGUUAGCUGAGAGUUUUGUUAAGUGGGAAUUUUUAAAGCCAGUUUUGACUACACAAAUAAAGUAUUUUUGGGUGAAAGCUGGUCCAUAAAUUCCAAGGCACUCAUCAGUUUUAUCAAUAUAUUAUAUUGAUAAAUACAGGAUACAAAGCAUAAAUACUUGUCUUUAUGCACCAUAUGUAUGUAUUGGGAUUGUUAAAAGGCUAACAGAAAUGCUGCACCUACAAAAUGAAGCAUCUAAAAUGAAAAAUUGAUUUUGUGGUGGAGAUAAAGCUCAUUAAGUUUGUAAGACAAGACUCUUAAUAAAGUAGAGAUAAUACUUGUUUCUGUGCAUUUCUGCUGUUUGGAUGCAGAUUUUCCCAUCUGGUGGAGAAAACAAAUGAGCAGGAAUAACAUAGAUGGAACAUAA